GCAGGUUUUUCGCAUAUAUGCUUGAAACCAGUGAUUCUGGAUUAUUUUUCUGGUAAUUAAAGGUAUAUUAACAGGAUUUUUUAGAAGCUUGAGCCAGCAAUUGAAGAGAAAAAAAACAGGAUGACUGAAGAAAACGUCAAAGUUGCGGUUCGGGUUCGACCAUUCAAUUCCCGAGAAUUGGCAAGAAACGCAAAAUGCAUCGUGGAGAUGAAUGGGAAGAUUACCCAGCUCAGGGACCCCAACAACCCGAAUGCAGAACCCAAGCCCUUCUCCUUUGACUAUUCUUACUGGUCCUUUGAUGGCUGCAAAGAAGCUGCUGGAGGCUAUUUUGAACCAGACUCUUCUCAGCCAAAUGGAGGCAAAUAUGCUGAUCAGCAAUUGGUUUUUGAUGACCUGGGGGAAGGAAUCCUCAAGAAUGCUCUUGAGGGUUACAAUGCCACCAUCUUUGCAUAUGGACAAACUGGCUCUGGAAAGUCUUGGUCUAUCAUUGGCUAUGGGAAAAACAAAGGAUUGGUCCCCAUGUUCUGUGAAGCCCUGUUUGCCAAGAUCAAAGAAAACCAAGGAAAUGGGGUUCAAUAUGAAGUGAAAUUCAGCAUGCUGGAGAUCUACAAUGAAGUUGUCCAUGACCUGCUGAAUCCUGCUGGCAAAAAGGGAGGCUUGAAGAUCAGGGAGAACAACAUGAAAGGAUUUUAUGCUGAAGGCCUGAAGACAGUCUUGGUCACAUCCUAUGAAGACAUUGCAGCCAAAAUGGAAGAAGGCACCAGGAACAGGACUGUUGCAGCCACCAACAUGAAUGCAACUUCCUCAAGGGCUCACACCAUUGUUGCUGUUCACUUUGUGCAGAAAACCAAGAAUGCUGCAGGGCAGGAAACUGCUAAAACCUCUGUAGUCAACCUUGUUGACUUGGCUGGAAGUGAAAGAGUUGAGAGCACAGGAGCAACUGGUGCCAGACUCAAAGAAGGGGCAUCCAUCAAUCAGUCAUUAUCCUGCCUUGGAAAUUGCAUUCAUGCCUUGGCAGAAAAUUCACAAGGGAAAAAGGUCAGGGUACCUUACAGGGACUCUGCUUUGACCAAGUUGCUGAUGAAUGCCUUGGGAGGCAAUUCCAAGACCAUCAUGGUGGCUGCCAUCAGUCCUGCUGAUAUCAACUAUGAAGAAACCCUCUCAACUCUCAGAUAUGCUGACAGAGCAAAACAAAUCAAGACAACAGCUGUUGUCAAUGAAAGUGCCACAGAUAAGCUUCUCAGGGAGCUCAAGGAGGAAAAUGAGCGCCUGAAGAAGAUGAUGGUUGGUGGGGUUGCUUUGGAUGCUGCAGGUCCUGGACCUGAUGCAUCUGACUCAGCAAGAAAAAAGUGGGAGGAGGAACUGAAAGCUCAGAUGAGGGAAAAUGAGAGAGAAAUCCAAGAGAUGAAGAAGAGUUAUGAAGAGAAGCUGAAACAGGCUGAGGCAGAAGCUGCAGCUGCUGCAUCUCAAAGAGCUGAAGCAAAAACUGUGGCAGAUGAAAAAGUGACAAACCCCCACUUCAUCAAUUUAAACCCAGACCCACAAUUGUCUGGGAAACUUGUCUACAUCAUCCACCCUGGAUCCAAGGAAAUUGGGAACAGGAAAGGAAAAGAGUCUGACAUUGUCAUUGUUGGGCCAAGCAUAAAUGAAACCCAUGCCAUUGUGACUCUGGACCCAAAGAAAAAUAUUGUCAAUCUGAAACCCUUCAACACAGACUGCAGAAUCCUGGUGAAUGGCUCUGAAAUGGCUGGUGAAACCACUUUGUGCCACAAUGACAGGAUUGUCUUUGGAUUCACUCAACUAUGGGUUUUCCAAAACCCAAAAGAAGCUGCCAAAAGUGGCAAGAAAUUUGUCCCCAUCACUUAUGAGUAUGCUCAAGAAGAAAUUGCUGCUAAACAGGGUCUUGAUGUUUCUGCAACUGAUGCUUCAGCAGAUGCCGCAGCUUUGCAGGAUGAAAUCAUGGAAGUGUUGCCAGCAGUUGAAGAAGCAAAUUCCAUCAGUGGCCAACUUGACAAGAGAGCAAAGUUUGAAAUCAUGAUUGUGUCUCCUCAAAUGAUGGGCAAAACAAACGGACGUUCUGAGGUGUGCGUCAAAAUGAAAGAUCUUGGCAAUGGAACGGAGUUUGUUUGGCCAAAGGAAAAAUUCUUCAACAGACUCUACUUGAUGAGGGAGAUGUACAACAACUUCGAUGACGACGAUGAUGAAUGGGACGUCCCUCAGGAAAGAGAUCCUUUCAGAGAAGAUCCUGAGGAAGAAGUUCUCAUUGGAAGCGUCAACCUUUUCCUGCAACCGAUUUCUUACAUGGUUGAGAUGAAAGAGCAAUUGGACGUCUUGGAUUUCAAGGGGAAAAUUGGUGUGAUGAAUGACAUCUACUGCAGUUACAAAGUUUACUUGGAUGAAAUACCCAAUAUUACAACAAAGGCAAAAGCCACAUCCAAUCCAGACUUCAAUCAUGAGAAACUAUUCAGGUUCAAUCCAGUGACUAAGCAGGUACUAGAUUUGUUUUACUUAGCUCUCAAAGGUGUUAUCAAUGACAUGCAUUUGUUUCAGCUCACAGAUUAUUUGCACAAUGGGGAAGUCAUUGUGCAGGUAUUUGGUAAGCAAAGAGUGCGAAAUUCAGCAACACCAAGAGGAGAUGGACUGAGUACCAAGGACAUGUUGAAGGGGGACAAGGCUGUAUUUUCCAAGUCCUCAAUGCUGAUGAAUGGCUUUGAGAUGAAUGGCAGAGAUGUUGACCCCCAAAAGCAGGGUGUCAUUGUUGAGCUUCUGCUACUAAAGAAGACACAAGCCAAACUGCAAUGCAAAGUGGACAAUGUCAAGCAGCUGUUGGAACACUGUGACAACCAGAACAGAGUCAAAGUCCCAGUCAGCACUUUGAAGGAUGUUUUCAAUGCAAAUUCCCCUGAGGCAACCAACAAACUCCUCUCUGCCCUGCCAGGAGAUGAAGGGCUUGGCAGAGUUGAGCCUGUUUGUAGAGUUGAAGUUGAGGAUCCUGGGUUGACAGAAACUGAUGAUGAUGAUGGAUUGGAUGUUGGUGAUCUUGAUGUUGAUGACCCAAUUGUUGAUAAUGUUGAUGUUGCAAGAGUGGAUGUUAUGCUUGAAAUCCCUGCUGUUGAUAAACUUGAACUCUCUAUGGACCCUGAGGAUGGUUUGGUUGGGACCACAGAAGGAGUUGGGGAAGUUGUAGACAAUAAUGAUGUCAUAGUUGCUGUUUGGGUGGAAGAACUUGGCAUGGUUGGAGAAGUAACUGAGAUGGAAGAUGAGGUAAUGGCUGAAUUGUGGUUCCUGCUGUUGAAAUCACUGCUGGUGGCUGUGGAGGAGCAGAGGUCUGGUCUGAUACACUUGUUGAUUCAGUUCCAGUUGGUGCUGGAACUGUUGAUGGUCCAUCAUUGCUUCCAGCAUUAG